CCAGGUGUUAAUUACCAUUGAAAUGAAGAUCUACAGCGCCCCCCUAAUCCUCUUCUUUAUCAUUUCCGUCCCAUCAGUGUCAUCUCAAAGUGAAGGAACCUGCGUUGGGAGAUGUGGUCAAGGAUAUGUCCGAUCGGAUCCGUGCCAUUGUGAUUAUAACUGUAUGUCUUAUUUGGAAUGUUGUACGGACUACAAGAAGGUUUGCACAACAGAGGGUUCGUGCAAAGGCCGAUGUCAUGAGGGCUUCAUCAGAGGACAGGCCUGCGAUUGUGAUCCGACCUGUGAAAGAUUUGGCAGAUGCUGCUCGGACUACAAAGAACAUUGUGUCAAACCAACAGAGCCUCCGCAAACUCCUCCCCCAUCCCGAGAUCGGACGGAUCCUGAUGAAAGAGAUAAACCUCUGAAACCCACCAAGAAGCCAAAAGACCGAAUACCAGAAGACAUACCAGAAGAUCGCAUUCAGAAAGAUGAAGCAUUCCCAGACAGAGCUAAAAAAAGGCCUCUAGAUAAAACAGACCCUUCAAAGUCAACUCCAAAUGUUGCUCAACCUUCUAAAAAAACAAAUAAACGGAUCCCAAGAAGAACAACAAAGAAGAGAAAUAAUUUAAGUCCUGGAGAGGACACAGAAGAUCCCUAUGAGAGAAAAGUACCAUCUGCAAGUCGUAAAAAAAUUCUCUCAAAAAAGAAUAAAAAGAAUCCAAAAUAUUAUUAUCCCAAAAGACCAAGAAAGAAGAAGCAGAGGAAUUAUGUAGACUAUGACGACGAAGAAGAAGAUUUCGAUCAGAGGCGGUCACCACCAAAAAAUAAAAAACGUCCAUCAAAAAAGUCCCCAAAAACUCCUAUAAAGAAGAAGGUAGUUGUUGAGUCAGAAGAAGAAAUUGAAGAGUCAGAAGAAAAUGAGUCUUCUUCCUCGUUCUCCUCCUCAUCUUCUUCAUCAAGUGUGAAGGGAAGCAAAAAAACUAAAAAACUUAGGAAAAAUCAAAGGAAAAAUGAGGAUGAUCCGGACAAUCCAGAUAAAGACCCUAGAGAUCCAAACCGAACACCUAAAGACAAACAUAAUAAGUCCAAGAAGCCAAAGACUCCAAAGGAUGGAGACGAUGACCCUGAAUCCCGUCCAAAAGAGAAAACUCCUGAGGACAGAGAUAGGAACCCCACAAGGGGUAGAGGAACCGGAGAUGACCCUAAAGACCGAGAUAGACCUGAUAAAGAGCCAACUCCUGAUGAUAGAGAUAGGAGCCCCACAAGAGGUAGAGGAACUGGAGAUGACCCUAAAGACCGAAAUAGACCUGAUAAAGAGCCAACUCCUGAUGACAGAGAUAGGAACCCCACAAGGGGCACAGGAACUGGAGAUGACCCUAAAGACCGAGAUAGACCUGAUAAAGAGAAAACUCCUGAGGACAAAGAUAGGAACCCCACAAGGGGUAGAGGAACUGGAGAUGACCCUAAAGACCGAGAUAGACCUGAUAAAGAACCAACUCCCGAUGACAAAGAUAAAAACCCUAAAAAGCCUAAAGGAACUGGAGAUGACCCUGAUGACCCCAAUUCACCUCCUAAAGCACCAAAUCAAAGAGACCCCGAUGAUGGCAAUAAACCACGAAAACCCAAAGGAAAGGACGGCGAUGAUCCUGACGGUACAGGAAAGCCUCCUAAGAGACCAAACCCUAAAGACAAGAAGAAACCCAAAGAAACAAGCUCUCUUGAAAUUGAAGAAAAUAUAGAAGAGCGCUCAGAUGCUAACAAUGCCAAUAGGGAAGAUAGCAGAUCUCUGUCCAACCAAAGGAGCACAAGGAAACGUUCUCCAGCAAGGAAGAAGCCAAAGAGACUGGGGGAUGAUACAGAUGACCCUGAUGAUGACGGUAGACCACGAAAACCCAAGUCCCCCAAAGAAAAGGAAGGCGUUGAUCCUGACAAUAGAGGAAAGCCUCCUAAGAAUGAUGCUCCCGAGGACCCAUCACCUUCAGACAAAGGGAAAAAGAAGCCGAAUCCCAACAGUCCAAAUAGGAAAAAGGACAGGCCUACAGAUGAAGAUGAUGAACCUUCAAAACCUGGGAAAGGAAAGAACCCUAAAAGGAAGCCAAAUACAAAAGCAAUUUCAAAAAUAAAAAAGAAGGUUGACUCUGAGGAAGAAAGACAAGAAACUGUAGAGAGUGAGUUCCAAAGUUCUUCCCAGUCAUCAUCCUCACAUUCCAGAAGUAAAUCCACUUCCAGAAGGUUAACAGGCAAAAAUAAGAAAAACCUUUUAGACAAAAAAAAGAAGUUCCCCGAAGAUCCUCCAGAAGAUCCAUUGAUGCCUCCAAAGAAAAGAAAAGACAAAGAUUCACCUUUAACCCCUGAACCCACAUUUCCAGAUGAAGGCUCUGGAGACAACGGCAGCGGAAUGGACUUUUUACCAACAACGACACCAACGAGGACUUUGAUGGUCAACUCAACAACUGCAGCAUCACCGACUACAGCAGAAACAAAUUCGACUAAAGAGACAAUAAAUGCAACAACGUCACCAACAGGAAACCCUGAUGUAACCUCAGACAAGGCAAAGCCUACUACAGCCAGUAUUCUGCCAACUAAAGAAGAACCUGAGAAAACUACAAAUGUGAUGAAAGCCUCCACUCAAAGCCCAACAACAGAGGAUAUAACCACAGCAAAAAGCACAUCAACAGAUACGCCACAAAGUAAGGAUACUAAACACACAACUGCAAUGAAUGAGAUGGAAGCAUCAGAUAUUGUAACACAUAGUACAGUAGCUGGAAACAUAAAUGAUGUAACCACAAUUCCAUCCCAAGAUGAAGGAUCCAAGAUUAAUACCAGAACCAGUGCUACAAGCCCACCGAUUUUGACGAAGAUUGCUACAACAGAAACAAUUGAUGGUAAAUAUGGUAUAGAAAGCACAUCAAAUACAGACAUUUUAUUAAAUGAUGAGACGCAUGAUGAAAUAAACAAGGAAACAUCACCAUAUCCUAUAAGUAAAGACAUAACUGCAGAAUCAACAGCAAGAACUUCCACAAUUGUUGAAAGCAGUACAGAAUCUAUAAGAGCAACACCAGAAGAUAGUAGAACAUUAGAACCAAGAGUGGUCAGUCUAGAGGCCACAUCAUCGCUGACAGAAAAUUUAGUAACAUUGCCGACAAUACAUUCUACUGAAGAAAAUAAAUCAUCCCCUCCACCAGCUCAUUCUACUGUUACAACAGAUCUCUGCCCAACAUGCACCGAUCCCUGCCCAACAUGCACAGAAUCAAAGAACAGCAUAAUUCCUACAGAAAACAAUGCAAAUAAAAUGUUAAGCACAUUGGUACCAACAGAGCCAAGUCAAGACUCAAAAACUGAAAUAGACAAAAAUACCCCUAGGGAUGAAAAGACAAUCCCGCCAGACACAAUGGAUACCAUAGAAACAUUUCCAACUGGGAAACCAACCGUACAAUCCACAGCUGGGACAACAGCUGAAAGCCUCAGAAAGUCCGAAACAAGCUCAGAGCAAUCUAGAUUGACAUCUGAGGCGAUGCACCUACCAACAGAGAAGAAAAUACUUUCAACAUUUGAGACGUUAAAGGAAAAACAAACACCAUUUGAUAUAACAUCCAUGCAAACCACACCAAAACAAAGUACAGGUCAAACUAUAGGAACAGAUAUUAAAAGCAUAGGUCCAACAGUGGCUAAAACAAGCUCGAGCAUGCAUAGCACCGAAGAUACAAGAGAGAGUAGGUUAACAAGUGAAACAUCUGCAAGCACGACAAUAGAAAAUAAACCUUUGACAGAAGAUGUUACAAGUCAAGUAGGAACUCUUUUCACCACCACCAUGAAAGUGAUAGAGUCUACUACAGACAGGACUGCCAUUUUAACCAGUAUAAAUAAUGUAGAUUCUAUUACUGAAAAGACAAUACAAUUUAGUUCCCCAGCAAUGGUCACUGAAGAUGAAAAGAGCACAGCUCAGAUACACAGCACUCCACUUCCAAAGGACUUUAUUACACAAGAAACACCAAAGGAAGAAGCUAUAAACAUAGAAGAAACUAGUACACAUUCCCCAGACAUCACCGUGUCUAUAGAUGUCACCGUUUCACCAGAUGCAAAACCUACAGAGUCCAUAUAUAAGACCACAUAUCUACAAGAAGGGACUCCAUCAAUUGGCACAACAAGCACAGAAAAGUUACCCACACAAGAUAAAUCACCUGUUCCUACGAGUGUAGAAAUAGGGGAAGCUUUAAAGUCAACAGCAGACCAACCAACACCCACCAUAACAACAGAGACUUUGUCUGAAGCUGCAGAUGUACAAUUUACUGAAAAGCCAACAACUUCUAUGCCCUCAACUGUAGAAGAAGAUCAGCUGUCAACAGUGGAGACCAAUAAGUCUCCUUCAGUAGAGAGAAGUGAUCCCACAUCAGAGGACAAUAGAGUAACAUCUAACACAGAACAAAUAAAUACAAUGCAGACCACAGAUUCCACUAAACAACCAAACACUGAUGAUGUAAAUUCAACUUUGCUGCCUAGUAAAACAACUGCUAUUGAAUCAGCUUCAACUGCUGAAAAUAUAGAAAUAGAAAAAGGCACCACAGCAACAUCAAGUGAUCCUACAGAUGCAGCUAAAGACAAUACAAUAACAUCUAAUGCAGAACAAACAAUUACAUUGCCAACCACAGACAUCACUAGACAACAAGACACCGAAGACAGCCAGUCAACUUCACCUACCAUUGAAACAUCUGCAAUAGAAUUAGCAAUGACUUCUGAAAAUAUGGAAAAAGGCACCACAACACCAUCAAGUGAUCCUACAGAUACAUCUAAAGACAAUACAAUAAUAUCUAAUACAGCGCAAACAAUUACAUUACAGACCACAGAUGUUACUAAACCACAAGGCACAGAUGAUAUACUGACAACUUUAAUCCCCACUAAAAUAACUACAAUAGAAUUAGCGUCAACUGCUGAAAAUUUAGAAACAGGCACCACAGCAACAUCAAGCAAUCCUACAGAUACAUCUACAGACAAUAUAAUAACAUCUAACACAGCACAAGCAAUUAUAUUGUCAACCACAGAGAUCACUAAACCACAAAGCACAAAUUAUAUACACUCGACUGUACCAGACAGUGAUACAACUGCAAUUGAAUCAGCGACAACUGCUGAAAAUACAGAAACAGGCAUCACAACAUCAAAUGAUCCUACAGUUACAUCAAAAGACAAUAUAAUAACAUCUAAUACAGCACAAGCAAUAACAUUGCCAACCACAGACACCACUAGACAACAAGUCACCAAAGACAUCCAGUCAACUUCACCUGCCAUUGAAACAACUGCAAAAGAAUUAGCAAUGACUUCUGAAAAUAUGGAAGUAGAAAAAGGCACCACAACACCAUCAAGCGAUCCUACAGAUACAUCUAGAGACAAUACAAUAACGUCUAAUACAGAGCAAACAAUAACAAUGCCAACUACAGAUGUCACUAAACCACAAGGCACAGAUGAUAUACUGACAACUACAAUCCAAACUAAAAUAACUACAGCAGAAUUAGCCACAUCUGAUGUAAAUAUAGAAAAAGGCACCACAGCAACAUCGAGUGACCCUACAGAUACAUCAAAAUCUAACACAGCAGAAACAAGUACAUCACAAACCACAGACAUCACUAUACCACAAAACACUGAUGACUACCAGACAACUUUGCCCCCUAGUAAAACAACUGCAAAUGAAUUAGCUACAACUGUGAAAAAUAUAGAAUUAAGAGAAGGUAGCACAACAACAUCAAGUGAUCCUACGGAUACAUCUAAAGACAAUAUAAUAAGAUCUAAUACAGCACAAACAACCACAGAUGUCACUAAACCACAAAGCACUGAUGAUAUACAGUCAACUUUACUCCCCACUAAAAUAACUACAAUAGAAUUAGCAACAACUGAUGAAAAUAUAGGAAAAGGCACCACAACAUCAAGUGAUCCCACAGAUACAUCUAAAGACAAUAUAAUAACAUCUAAUACAGAACAAACAAUAUUACAGACCACAGACAUCACUAAACCACAAGGCACAGAUAAUAUACUGACAACUUUACUCCCCAGUAAAAUAACUACAAUAGAAUUAGCGUCAACUGCUGAAAAUAUAGAAGAAAAAGGCAGCACAGCAACAUCAAGUGAUCUUACAGAUACAUCUAAAGACAAUACAGUAACAUCUAAUACAGAGCAAACAAUGACAUUACAGACCACAGAUGGCACUAAACCACAAAGCACAGAUGAUAUACAGUCAACUAUAAUUCCCAUUAAAAUAACUACAAUAGAAUUAGUGUCAACUGCUGAAAACAUGGAAGAAGGAAAAGGUAGCACAGCAACAUCAAGUGAUCCUACAGAUACAUCCAGAGACAACACAAUAACAUCUAAUACAGCACAAACAGUUACAUUGCCAGCCACAGACAUCACUAAACAACAAGAAAACGAUAUACAAUCAACUGUACCAGACAGUAAAACAGCUGCCAUAGAAUCAGCGACAACCGCUGAAAAUAUAGAAGAAAAAGGCAGCACAGCAAUAUCAAGUGAUCCUACAGAUACAUCAAAAGACAAUACAGUAACAUCUAAUACAGAGCAAACAAUUACAUUGGCAACUACAGAUGUCACUAAACCACAAGGCACAGAUGAUAUACUGACAACUUUACUCCCCACUAAAAUAACUACAAAAGAAUUAGUGACAACUGCUGAAAAUAUAGAAAAAGGCAGCACAGAAAUAUCAAGUGAUCCUACAGAUACAUCUAAAGAUGAUAGAGUGACAUCUAAUACAGAGCAAACAAUUACAUUGCCAACUACAGACAUCACUAAACCACAAACCACAGAUGAUAUACAGUCAACUAUAAUUCCCACUAGAAUAACUACAAUAGAAUUAGUGUCAACUGAUGAAAAUACAGAAGGAAAAGGGACCACAACACCAAGUGAUUCUACAGAUACAUCCAAAGACGACACAAUAACAUCUAAUACAGCACAAACAAUUACAUUGCCAGCCACAGACAUCACUAAACAACAAGACAAUGAUAUACAGUCAACUGUACCAGACAGUAAAACAGCUGCCAUAGAAUCAGCGACAACUGCUGAAAAUAUAGAAACAGGCAUCGCAACAACAUCAAGUGAUCCUACAGAUACAUCCAAAGACGACACAAUAACAUCUAAUACAGAGCAAACAAUUACAUUGCCAGCCACAGACAUCACUAAACAACAAGACAAUGAUAUACAGUCAACUGUACCAGACAGUAAAACAGCUGCCAUAGAAUCAGCGACAACUGCUGAAAAUAUAGAAACAGGCAUCGCAACAACAUCAAGUGAUCCUACAGAUACAUCCAAAGACGACACAAUAACAUCUAAUACAGCACAAACAAUUACAUUGCCAGCCACAGACAUCACUAAACAACAAGACAAUGAAAUACAGUCAACUGUACCAGACAGUAAAACAGCUGACUUAGAAUCAGCGACAACUGCUGAAAAUAUAGAAACAGGCAUCGCAACAACAUCAAGUGAUCCUACAGAUACAUCAAAAGACAAUAUAAUAACAUCUAAUACAGAGCAAACAAUUACAUUGCCAACUACAGACAUAGCUAAAUCACAAAGCACAGAUGAUAUACAGACAACUAUAAUCCCCACUAAAAUAACUACAAUAGAAUUAGUUUCAACUGCUGAAAACAUGGAAGGAAAAGGUAGCACAGCAAUAUCAAGUGAUCCUACAGAUACAUCUAAUGCACAACAAACAAUUACAUUACAGACCACAGACAUCACUAAACCCCAAGGCACAGAUGAUAUACAGUCAACUUUACUCCCAACUAAAAUAACUUCAUUAGAAUUAGCAUCAACUGCUGAAAAUUCAGAAACAGGCACCACGGCAAUAUCAAGUGAUCCCACAGAUACAUCUACAGACGAUAUAAUAACAUCUAACACAGCGCAAGCAAUUACAUUGCCAACCACAGACAUCACUAUACCACAAAGCACAGAUGAUAGAUCAGACAGUGAUACAACUGCAAUAGAAUCAGCGACAACUGAUGAAAAUACAGAAACAGGCACCGCAACAUCAAGUGAUCCUACAGAUACAUCAAAAGACAAUAUAAUAACAUCUAACACAGCACAAGCAAUAACAAUGCCAACCACAGACAUCACUAAACCACAAAGCACAGAUGAUAUACAGUCAACUCUAAUUACAACUAAAAUAACUACAGUAGAAUUAGCAUCAACUGCUGAAAAUAUAGAAGAAAAAGUCACCACAGCAACAUCAAGUGAUCCUACAGAUACAUUUAAAGACAAUACAGUAACAUCUAAUGCAGAACAAACAAUUACUUUACAGACCACAGAUAUCACUAAACCACAAAACGCAGAUGAUAUACAGUCAACUUUGCUCCCCACAAAAAUAACCUCAAUAGAAUUAGCCACAACUGAGGAAAAUAUGGAAGUAAAGAAAGGCACGACAACAUCAAGUGAUAGUAGUCCUCAUUCAUCUUCUAGUGAGCAAGCACUAACUCCUACUACAGCUACAAUAAACACUAAAGAUAUUUAUAGCACAAUAUCUGACACAGAAGUUUCUGUUUUAGAAACCAAAACGACAAAUGAAAUACAGACAGAAGGAAUAGAUGACACCUCCCAAAUGCCAGAUCAAACCCCACAUGUUACAAUGGAGCUGGAAAGCAUAGCCAGCACCACCAUGCAAUCCCUGUUGGUGUCAGAUGCUACAGAGCACCCUCAUGGUAGCUCUAUGCACCCUACUUCCUUGCCCAAUGACAUACAGACAGAUAUUUUAUCAACAGUGUCUAAACCAGAAUCCGAUAGUCAUACAGUAUCACCUACCGGUGACACGGAUUAUGAUACUUCAAAAGAUCCCAAUGAGAAACAAACAAUAAAUGUACAAACUAUAAAAGACCCAACAAUUAUACCCUUAACAGGAAUUACAGAUAGUCUAUUUCAUUUUGCUACAUCAGACAAACCAACACCAUCGGAUGCCCCAGAAUCCCAAACGACAGAUGUGUCACCUACAGAUUCAUUGUUUAAAGAAACAAAUACUGAACCUCUAGAAGAAACAUUUUCUAGUGUAACAGCAGUUGAUAGAGUCACAUCUAGUGUAGUGUCCAGAGAAACAGUAGACGUCUCUUCUGUAGAGACAUCAAUGUCCACGGUAACACCCACCGAAGACCAGACGAGUACAUCUACUGACAGUACGCAAUCUUCAACAACUUUAGCCCCUACAGAAACAGACACGAGUAGCAUGUUCAGUUCUUCUUCACUUGAUAAUCCAACACCUUCAGUGGCUGGAACACUACACACGACACAAGGGCCACACACUCUGGGUCAGGUCAGUAAAGAGCAGUCUGAGAGUACAUCUACAGAUAUCAGUGACCAGCCAUUAUCCAAUGUCCCCACGGUUAGUGGAUCAACGGGAGAGACAGCAAGGACUAUUAAUCCUACUUUAUCCAUUGGGUCCAGUGAGGAACCUAUGAUAACCCCUGUUGGACCUAGCACAGUAGCAGUAGGUACUGAAGAAUUGCCAUUAAGUAAAGAACAGAUGUCAACAAUUACUGAAGCUCCUAUGUUGCUUAGCACCCAAGACACUCAAGAAACAAGCCCAGUUUCAAGAAUGUCGUUGUCAGAAACAAGCAACCAUCCAUUUGUGUCAAAGGAAAAUACUCUCAAGUAUGGGUUGGUUACAGGGGAGACCACAGCAGACCAGCUGCAAACUAGCAUCUCCACAAUAGUUGCAGAAGAAGCCAUUGUUACUACUGAGGGUGCUGAUGGCUUUACUACCAUGUUGGAUAGAGAUUCAACUGCUGACCAGUCAGAUUCUGUGACCAGAAAUGCAGAAGUUUCAAUAAGUGAUAAAACCAAUCCUAUGACAACACAGCUCAGCAACCAAGGAGAAAUAGCUAUUGACUCCACUUAUACAAUCGUAGACAUGGCAAAAUCCACCAUAGCCCCAACCAAGAAUGAUACACCGCUUUCCACAUCUUUUAAAUUGUUAGACAAACUUUAUGCAACUGGAGGAACUGCAGAUCCUUCUAGUGACAAGCCUUUGUCUAAUAUGGGUACCACUAUAUCACAGGGUUUACAUACACAUUCAACGCUUCCUCAUACCACAAGUGAAAUACAAGACUAUGAGGAAAGCAGUAUAGUGAGCACUUUGAAAACUCCUCAAGAUCAAAGCACAACAGAUUCUAGUGGUAAAUCCCCUACAACAGUCUCACAGGAAACAACCAAUUCCCCGUCCUAUAGUACCAAUCCAGUGGAUCCAACAAAACAAUCACUUCCGAUCACUGAUAACGCUACUACUCAGAAAAGUGAACAAGCACAAACAAAGGAAAUUACAACCCAAAAGGAAAUUACAGUCAUAACAGAAACAACCACAAGGAUUUCAGAUCAGACUACUUUACCAAAAAUCACCACUAAAGGGCCAAGUGCUGAAGCAAAGGAAAAAAUAACAACUGAGCAACCUGUUUAUCAGACAACACAAAUACCUGAAGAGGAGCCUGAGUUUACUACAAUGAGACCUAGAAAACCAAGACCAACUCCAACCAAAAGAGUUGCGAUAAAGACAACAACUAAACCUACAGGUAAAGAUGACAUUGAGACCUCCACCAAGACUGCACGCCCAACAAAAACACCAAAGCCUAGAGGUUAUACUACAAGCAGGCCAAUGGAACCUGAAGACAUGGAAGAUACUAAAACCAACAAACCUACAACUAACCCAUAUCAUGUUUGUGACUUGCUUAAAGAUGAAGCAAUCAAAUUGAGAAUAUCAGAUUACGACCUCAAAAAUAUCAUCCAGAUAUGUACAGAGAUGCAGCAACAAUAUCCACUUGUAAGUACACCCUCUCCAGACGUAAAGCAGCCUAAUGCAGAUGAUAGGAACAUUCCCACCAGCAUCCCAUAUGUGAUACCCAACGGGAAUCCACAACCAGGAGCAAGAAUUAUUCAGAUUGUGGAAGAAAUAAAUCGGAGGAUGAAUGGUUACCCAAUGCCAAAUAUAACAGGAGUGCAUACCUACACUAUACAUAGGCCAUCAAAAUGGCAACUGCUAUUUAAUACAAUCAAAAGCGCAAAUGACCCACAGAAAAAUUUGUGCAUUGGGCAGCCAGCAGAUGGGAUGACUACUCUGCAGAAUGGAUCUAUGGUGGUGUUUCGAGGUCAAUACUUUUGGAUGUUAAAUCAAGGAGGUGUGAUAGAAAGUCCGCGGAAAAUUACUGAAGUAUGGGGCAUCCCAUCGCCAAUUGAUACAGUAUUUACUAGAUGUAACUGUGGUGGCAAAACCUUCUUUUUUAAGGGUCCCCGUUAUUGGCGUUUUACCAAUGAUGUUGUGGACCCAGGUUAUCCAAAAGAAAUCAUUAAAGGGUUUGGUGGACUCAGUGGGAAGGUGACUGCUGUACUACCCGUUGCUGGAUUUAGAACAAGACCAGAAUCAGUCUAUUUUUUCAAACCAAGUGGUACUGUUCAAAAAUACACAUUCCGUCAGGAACAAACCAAACGGUGCACAAAGAAGAAGCGCCCUAGUGUUGAAUACCCCGUCUACACACAAAGAGUUCAGACAGUAAGGUAUCGGUAUCCACGUGCUAUAAUGAGACAUCGGAUCCAGAUACAUCGGACGUUUUCUACUGUCCAGCAGCCUCUAGGUCUACUCCAUCAAGAGACUACAGUACGUCAAACCUGGAGAGGUGUUCCCAAUAACAUUGUGUCUGCUGUAUCACUGCCAAAUUAUCAGAAGCCAGAUGGUUUUGACUAUUAUGUCUUCACUAAAGACAAAUACUACAACAUCAACAUGUCAAGCAAAGUAGCAGUGAAGCAGCCACCUGGCGCUGAGCAGACAACUACAAAGGACUGGUACAAGUGUAAAGAAUGAGAGGACACGUGAGGCUGCUGCUUCUAUCACACUCAACUACAUUAUCUGUAAAGGACUUUGCUUUUGUUUUGUUUUUUUAUUCCGAAACCAAUGCAGCGCUCUAAUCCAUGCUGAAAACAAGUAUAGUAUUUAUUAUACCGCUACAAGAAAAAAAAAAUACUUCCUCAUUCGGAAUAAUAUUUAUUUUUUAAUCGCAGAAUUCCCAAUCGCUGUCAUU